CUUCUGUUAGUUUCACUACUGAGCUGUGACGCUUGCGUAUCCCAAAACCCCAUGCAAAAAGCUUGCAUAUCACCUUUAUGUUAACAUGACGGCCUUCUGCUUUCUAACCCUUAUACCCUGACAAACAUCCAUAUCCGGUCUCGCUUCUGGCAAAGUCCCUAGGCUCCGAGGUGGGAAUUUUUCGCCGCCUUUAGUGUUUAGGACGGAGGGCCAUGGCCGAGACGCUGCUUGAGCAAACUCGCUCUUUACACGAGGAUGUGGAGCGGUUUGAGCGGAUUAUUGUGAAGGAUCUAAAGCAAGAAACGAAGUCACAUAAAGACAAGAUAAUGCAGUCCCAUCGCGUUCGCAAACGGCUCGACCAGAUCCAGGAUGCUGCUCGCAAAUUGCUGAAAAUAUACGAAGACGAGGACAAGGCCCGGAAGGAGGAAAUCGAGGCUCUGGGGGGUGAGGAUAAGAUUUUCAGCAAGUUCUAUGACCGGUUAAAGGAGAUUCGGGAGUAUCACAGAAAGUUUCUCUCCAACGACCUUACCGAGGCAGAGGACGACACACUGCUGCUGAAGGAGGAGCCCCACGUGGACUUCACGGGCGAGGAGGGCUUAGGCCGAUACCUGGAUAUGCAUGACCUUUACCUACGGUUCCUCAACCUGCAGAGCCUACAGCAGCGCAGCAAAGGGGAGUAUUAUGAGUACCUAACAAGCUUCUCGGACUUCAGCGCUAUGCCGCGGCAGCAGAAGAUGGGAAAGCAGUACAGCGAGUACCUGGCGGCUCUACUCGGCUACCUGUGUAGCUUCUAUGAGAGGACGCAGCCCUUGGCGCAGCUGCAGCGGAUGUUAAACACGGUGGAGAAGGACUUCUCAGCCCGCUGGGAGCAGGGGCAGAUUGCGGGCUGGGAGGACCGCGGCGUCGGCAACGUUGCACCAUCGACCAGCGGGAUAGAGCUGGAGGCGUUCAGCAGCGCGGAAGAGCUGGAGAUUCUAGGCGCUGACCGGCUUAAGGAGGCGCUGACUUCACUGGGCCUCAAGUGCGGCGGCACCACCAAGGAGCGGGCGGCGCGGCUGUGGCUCACUCGGGACACACCGCUGUCGCAGCUGGACCGCAAGCAUUUCGCUAAAGGGGUGGUACCGCCUUCGGACAGCGACGUGGCGACCAACAGCAAAGCUGCACAUGCACGACAUGUGGCGCUUUUAGAGGUGGAAAUCCGCAAGAUGGCGGAGCUACUAGUUAACGUGAUUGCGGAUACCAAGGGCAAAGUGGAGAAGAAGCAGGCGCAGACGUAUGAGGAGAUGCAGGCUGAACUUGCCGAGGCUGAGGCCGAGGUGGCAGCCCCCGAGGACGACGAGGAGGAUGAGUUUGUUUACAACCCGCUCAAACUGCCGCUGGGAUGGGACGGCAAGCCGAUCCCGUACUGGCUGUACAAGCUGCACGGACUCAACCAGGAGUUCAAAUGCGAAAUCUGUGGCAACUACAGCUAUUGGGGCAGACGUGCUUACGAAAAGCAUUUCAAGGAGUAUCGCCACCUCAACGGCAUGCGCGCCCUGGGCAUCCCCAAUAACAAGAUGUUUUACGAGGUCACCAAGAUUGAAGACGCACUGCAGCUGUGGAAGAGCAUUCAGAAGGCCAAGGGUGAUUUCAAGCCCGAGGACGAGGAGUUCGAGGACGCGCAGGGCAAUGUGUACAGCAAGAAGACAUAUGACGACCUCAAGCGACAGGGCCUUAUCUAG